AUGGGUAUUUGUCAUUCAAGAAAAAACUUUUAAAAUCCUAUGAAUACAAAUCCUACUUCAUAUUAUUCCUCAAACCCUUCCAUUUUAUAAAAGAUAACCAAUACAAAAGAAAGUAUAUAAAAACCUAAUUUAAACUUCAUUAUUCCUUGUUAGCCCACAAAUUACGAUCCUUCAAGUAAUUAAUUUUCUUAUUCAAGAUCCUCAUAGAUAAUUUAAUGUUCUAAUAAAUGGUGUUCGAUUUGAAAUUAUUAACUCAAUUGAAAACUGUAUUUUUUCGAUUGAAAAUCUAGAGGAAUGACCUAAAUCUAUG